AUGGUGGAGGAAAACCAACUUAAUGAAUAUGGAGUCUCACCAUCCAAGCUAAGCCACGAGGAACUUGUACAUAUGGUUGUCGGGUUGCAGGCGGAUGUUGAGGCUAGAGACAUUGUGAUCGCUGCUUUACAGUGUGAGCAGAACUAUUUUCUUGUCGACGGUGCCCGACGACAUCGGUAUUUUAUGGACAAGGCUUUUGAAAUCAACCUAGAUGAUCCAAUACUUGCACUUCAACGUGAUUAUAUUCCUUUUCAUUUGUCAUCGGACCCCUCAGAUGGUUGCGAUUUCGGUGUCAAUGCAGAGCAUCACCGUGAAACAAAAUUAACUAGUUUAGAAGAACUUUUUGAUGUUCAAAGACGUGCACAUGCCUUUUACCGGGAGCAACUAGAGUCUGCGGAGAGGAGAUAUGCUGCUCUUUGCAGUUCAUUUGAGGAAGAGCGGAAGAGGCUGGAGCGUGAUGCAGCACAGGGUGACGAUGUCGUAGCUAUGCUGGAGAAGGAACGUGAGAAGUUACAGUUGGAGCUGGAAACUGAGCGAAAUCAGACCAAGCGUCUGGAAAAGGAAUUAAAGAAAGCAUUGGAUGGUUAUAACAACCAAAAGGCGCUUUCCCAACGUCAACGGUUAGUGGCAGCUCAACUGAUACGAGAAAAAUGGCGUCUUCAAAAGGAGCUCUCGAUGAAAUGUGAGCAAAUCGAGCAACUUGAAUCCAAGUUGGGACUUAAAUCUCCGCUCCCUUUUGACCUCCCCUCUUCUGUGAAAGUGUUGGUACGCAUUCUUGCUGCUAAAUGCUGA